AUGGUUCCCGAUCGGAUCGUAAUGUCGAAAGGAGGUGACGAAGUGAUGGGAGGAAAGAGGAGGAGGAGCUUCCUGAGUACCGGGAAGGCGCUUUUGAUGUGGCGGAAGAGAUUUCACGGUGGCAUUGACAGACAUACAAUGAGGGAUUUGGUUGCUUCGAUUCAUGCUGUUGGCACCGAGGAUUUCGUUUGUGAUGAGGUUUUGGAUAAGCUUGAUGCGGCUCUUGAUGUUGGAGGUGUGUAUGAUCCUAAGAGAGAACGUUAUGACCAUCACCGUAAAGGCUUCACUGAACACUAUGGCUUGGAAAUAAAUGCUAAGGAGCUAAUUGAUCAGACACAUCCGGAUGUGAAUCGAUUGUUUCUAGCUGUGUACCAAAACUUCAUUGAGGCAGUAGAUGCUAUAGACAAUGGCAUCCAUCAGUAUGGUACUGAAAAGCCUCCAAGAUAUGUAAACAAUACGAGCUUGGCACAUAGGAUUGGAAGGUUGAAUUUAGACUGGAUUGAGACUGAUCAGUCUACAAACACAGUGGAGAAGAGUUGA